GCGCCGCCACUCUUUAUAUUAUCUAGAACUGGUCGGAACCACCGGUAAGUAGGAAGGCAAAAACCGAUUGGCCUGUGAUUUUCCACGAACUAGUCCACUGCUUUUCGGUGGAAAGAAAACCGCUGGGCCGAAACGAUUUGCGGACACCUGAUUAGCGCCUCGAAGGGAAUCGAGGCUGUUCGACGGCCGGCCGCAAAAAAUGUCCAAGCUGGAAAGCAAAUCGCCGCUGCCGUUGCUGCGCUCGCCGAGCCACGAGUCGAUUAACACGAGCCUCUCAGUCUUCUCAGUCAGCUCCACUGACCUGAAACGUCCUCGGGGACCAAGUCCAAACCCUGUGCUCAUCAGGGAGCCGCCGCCCUUUGAAGAGGAUGCCGACCUUUUGCGGACGUGCGCCCAGUUGUCGGCCGCCCUGGGCUUGCGACGCAGUUUCAGCGCCAGCGAGCUGAGCGACGCCGAUGGCGCCGCCGGUAAUUUGCGUCCUCGGAAUGCAGUUUCCGAGCUGGUCUUGUGCUGCCAACGGCACCUCGAGAUGGCCAACGCGUCCAACGCCCGCCUGCAAAACGUUUCGCGCUCGUGCUCCACCUGGGUGGCCAUCGGCGAGCCACACAGUAACCUGCCUAGUCCACACUCACACGGUGCACAGCCUUUUACACCCGCAGACCUCGUCAGAAGUGUCAAUAAACGCGUCCGCAGUCACUACUUGCACCGCCGUCUCCUGGCGACGUGUCGCGCCCUCGAAAGAAUGAGUUCCGACAUGGACAGUCCACCGCAGACCUCUUCAGGAUCGUUGUUGCGCGUACCAGGAGCAGCAGACCCUGGUCGCAGACGCAGCCGCAACCUACCCCUCACCAUCCGCGACAUCGAGAAGGAAAAAGGCAAACCCCUCAGCAAAUACGAGAGGAACGUGAUGAUCUUCAAUUGGCUGCACACGCUUGAGGACGCGGUCCUGGACCCUCUGCCCGCGGGCAGCAACUGACAUAGCGCCGACUUGACCGCCUUGGCUGAGAGCGCGUGAUCUCAGGGUUGCAAUGAUCGCCGUCGCUCGACUGUGCGUAAUUUAUUCGGGGGCCUAGCUAUUGCUUGUAUUUCCAGGGAAUUUUUUAGAACUUUUGGCCUUGGCGCGAUUUUGUGUGUGCCAAAACUAAAACACUUUUUUGGCAGAGUCUUUAAACUUUUGAAUCUCCAACUCUAAACAUAAUAUGUGUUUUGCUUUGGCCGUCACGGUUUACGUUUUGGCCUUUAAAAAAGCUCAACAUUUUUUAAAACAAUCGUGCGCUGCUGUGUGUUUUAAAGCUCUCCGAUGUAUUGCAGAUUUUUUUUAUGAUUUGUAGAAAAAGAGUUAAGAGCCGGCCAGUAUAGUUGUCAUGCAGGAUCGAUUAAAUUUUUUAUUUGACACACUGCCCUCCAGUCCUCCCAAAGAUUAGUGUCUCUUUAACCUUAAAUUUAUUGUUGAUAUUGUAAAAUACUCUUUGAAUGUCUUCAAACUGCUAUUAUGAAAAGAAGGCCUUAAAUUACUCUAACUUUAUUAAUAAGCUAUUUAUGUAUAUUUCGCUGCACACGAAUGAAAUUAAUAUCUCCACCAUAUCAUGAUUGAUACAGGUCUCCUAAAUAUAUGUGUUUGAGUGUGAGACAACGAAAAAAAUUAAUUUGCUUUGUAAUUGAGAAAUCAUAUAUAUUAUAUUAUAAAAUGUGAUAAAAUACUCUUUGCUAAUUUAAAAAAAAAAAUAACAAACUUAAAAUUUAUAUAACUAAAUUUGUUCAUCAUAGCUCAACUCUACCGGUCAUUUUUUUUUUUUAAUCAAUAAAGGUAGAGUCCAGGUAGAGUCUUGACGACGCAGCAAUUUUAGCGAGAUAUACUAACGGGUCUGACUUAUUAACAACAGAUAGGUAAACUUGUUAAUUAAAAGUUUAAAAACAAGCAAACCUGAAAAAUAUUUUAAAUAGAAAGGAAAUAUUUCUUUGAAGAUACUAUAAAAAUACUGAGAUUCCAAAAAUAUAAGAGCAUUUUAAUGCAGAGAAUAAAAAUAUGACUGACCUUCUUAUGCGAGUUUUAAAUAUUACAUGAAAAAGUAUACUCCUAAUUUUCUCUUCUCAGCUUUUGGCAUUGCGAUAUAAUUUUUUGAUUGCUGCUUUCAUGAGAUAAUCAUUUUGGUCCACGGUCUCAGAUGUAAAUUAUAAAAUAUUGUCGUAAUCAAGUUGCCUUUGCUGUCUUGUUUGGAGUAAUUACAUCACCGUUGGUUAACUGAUUGUAGCACGGAAUAUUGUUAUGUAUUGCUUCUGUGCAAUAAUGGAUGCUUUUUUGGGUUGAAAAUAAUUUAACUAAAGCUCUAAAAUAUGUUUGAAAAGGCACAUGUUGUGAACUCCAUCCUGCUCGAACCAAUCUCCAGUAAAUGUUGUGUAUUUGUAAAAAUAUUCUAUGAAGCUCUUAAACAAUAAACACUGAACGAAGU